UUAUUCUUCUGCACUCAGCCUUGAACAGCACGCAAAACAUUCAGACCAUCACACUUCCAUUGUGUCCCUUAUGUUACACCACUAUAUUCUACUAACCUACAAAAGAUACAAAUGAUGAUGAUGAUGAUGAUGAUGAUGAUGAUGAUGUUGACUGGUACUGAGAGGCUUCCCAGUUAACCUGUCAGCUUGUGAUACUGCCUCCUACACACCAAAUAAAACAGUCGGCUCUGGUCUGGGGUGGAGGGCAGCUGGUGUCAGAGAGGGUGGUUCAUUCUGCAGCUGCCUCAUUGAGUGUUUCAGCUAUCAUAAACUGUGUUAAUCUUAAUGUAAACUGUCUGCAUAGUUUACAAAUGGCAAAUUCAUAUCAAGUCAAGGAUACCGUGAUACCAUCUUCUAUUGCACACAUGACUUUACAUUAACUCAUCUUCAAGCUUUUUUUGAAAGGGUUCAGUUAGAGUUAGUUUUAUAUCUUUCAUGCUACAUUAGAGUGUAUGAAAGACAUUUUGUUUGUGCCACUGACAGCAUUGACUGAUGAGAUCUUUUUUUUAAAAAAUGAAUAUGUGUCUGUUUCUUCCAUAUUGCUCGUCUUUAAAGGGUUUUUCAGCGAUGGCUUUAUCUGAUUCAAGGCUUUAAGGCUUCAGGCAGUCGUAUGCUUUACAGACUGAAAAGCAACACAGUUUUGCACUAUAACUAAAAUUGACUUUACACUGUGUCUUUGCAGAGACAGUAUUCCUGUUACUCUGGAUUGACACACUAUCAACUGUUUUCUUUUCUCAGUGAAAACUGUUGAUAGUGUAACUGGGAAUAUUUUUUUAAAAUCCAUAAUUACGUUUUGACACUUUUUUUGUAUUGAUCACUUGAGCAAUCGUUUAAUCAUUUUGGUAGAAAUGACCCAUGUGAGUCAAUAUGUUGGAUGAAAAACAAUUCAGAAUAACAUUAAUUCAUUGCAAUUUUAAUGUGGGAAUAUUUUCUGCCCUGCCAAGGCUAAUUUAGUGAAAUAGCUUCAAAUGUCUGUGACUGUCAGGCCUGUUACAGGUACAAAACUGGUUAUGUGCUUAUGAAAUAUGUAUUCUUCAAGUUAUAUUCAUGUUUUUAAAAUUGUGACCUAUUAUUUGUCAUAUGACUCUAAAGAUGCAUAUACUACACUCUACCUUUGUCUUACCUGAAAACUACAUAUAUAGUGUAGACAAAGUGCAGAAACUAUAAUGUUUUUUGUGUUUACUUCAUCAGAAAAUCAAAAUCUAAUUUAUCACUUCAAAUAUCAUAUCUGCAUUUAACUGUUUUAAUGUUUGCAUGUUGAAAGAGAUGUGUUAUUAAGAUAAAUUCAAGCAAUCCUUAAGUGAUAUUUUGAAGUUUAACCUAUUAAGACUGCUCGAUAUAUCUAUUGUGUUUAUGAAAUUUAUGAAAACCUGCUUUUAUAAUUGGUCUUAAUAGACAGUUGACACAGAAUUAAUGAGGCUCAGAAAAAAAUGAAGCAGAGCACAGUAACUAAACUAAAUGCAGUCUGCUUUGGUUUUUGGUCUUACUGCCAAUAGUUUCUCUGAGAUAAAGCACCGCUGAACUUAGGAAAUUUAGACAUUUAAAAGUUGAAUUUCAGUCAUAACUCAGUUUUGACCAAAAUUGUUUUGGCUUAUUGGGCAGUUUAGAGGCAGCGUUAUUACUUUGUUAAAGUAUUCAAAGUGUCAUUGUGAAAUCUUGUAGCUCUUUUGUAUAUAUAUCUGUGUGACUAUUCUUAUCCAGAUAAAAGGCUUCAUUGUUACGUGACAUUUGAAUUAUGGAAAACCAGACUUUCAUGGUGGAUAUCCUUGUCCUGGAGGGGUUAAUGGUCACCUCUCAGUCUUUUAUUCCUGCUUUUGUCUUACUUCUCCUUGUUUACAUCUUCAUCGUGGUGUCAAACAUCGGCCUGGUUGUCCUGAUCUUCAGGAGUACGAGCCUUCGCCAGCCUAUGUAUCUGCUUCUUUGCAACAUGAGUAUUAAUGAUGUUUUUGGGGCCACGAUAAUUAUACCACAUGUAUUCAGAGAUCUUUUAAUAUCAAACUCAAAGCGGUACAUUCAUUAUAUUGACUGUGCCAUUCAGGCCUUCUGUGUUCAUCUCCAUGCAAGUGCCUCUCACACUGUACUCAUGAUCAUGGCUUUUGAUCGUUACGUGGCCAUCUGCAACCCACUGCGAUACGCCACCAUCAUGACCAACAGUGCAGUGGUCAAGUUGUCGGUGGUGGCCUGGGGGACGGCCUUCGUGCUGGUGUUGAUCCUUGUGGGCCUCAGCGUCCGUCUUUCACGCUGCAGGUGGAUUAUAUUCAACCCAUUCUGUGACAACGCCUCCUUGUUCAAGCUGUCCUGUGAGAGCGUCCUCAUCAAUAACAUCUACGGCCUCAGCUACACGGUGGUUCUGCUGGGCUCCUCCAUGUGCAGCAUAACUCUCACCUACCUGAAGAUCGCUGCAGUGUGUGUGAUCAGUAAAAACAAGGCGGUGAACAGCAAAGCGCUGCAGACCUGCGCCACUCACCUGGCUGUGUACAUCAUCCUCCUGGUGUCGGGCUUCAUCAUCGUCAUCCUGCACCGUUUUCCUCAUCUGUCUGACCACAGGAAGGUGGCGUCAGUCAUGGGACAUGUGGCCCUGCCUGCCCUGAAUGCUGUCAUCUAUGGGCUACAGAUUAAAGAGGUCAGGCAAAGGAUUAUGACUUUAUUCCGUAACGGUAAAGUAAUGGAAGCAAAAUGAUAAACAGUGUGAUACACAUGAAAAAUGAUUACUUUUGCAUAGGAUAUUUAUAUGAUUAUAUAUGAAUGUCUUAUUUGAAUUUCAACAUGAUCGAUACACAAGUUGACUAACCUUAACAUUGUGAUAAACCGCCUGUUAAUCAUCAUCCUGGUAAUACUUUAGGCUUCAAUGUAUUGCAUCAUUAUAAAAUUCUUCCUUCUUUAUUCAAUGGUAUUUCGUAUUAAAGCUGUAAAUACUGAUUCAAAUCCAGCGUAAUAAUGUAUUUUUUAUUUAAAAAAAAAAAUCUUUAACAGGUUAUUCCCUUUAACAAGCCCUAUAUGUACAUGUUUUAGUAUGUAAAUUAUUCAAACUUGCCAGAAGUUUUGGAACCAGAUGACCUC